UUUAUGUGAUUCUUGCCGCGACAUUUUGUACGGAAAGCUAAUCGAAAGUCGAGUUCCUGCGAGAAAAAACGCUGCAUUUCCAAUGGUUUCUAAAGUGAACGCAGUCUUUCGUCAUUUAUUUGGGUCUGAGAGACAUCAAUCCAGUUCUGGAUCGAGAAAACGUCCUUCAGAAAGCCUCGAUGAUGUGAGUCAAGACAUCCUUGAGACACCCCGACCAAAAAGGGCCAGGAAUUCCAUUCAUGCAGAUGACUCGAGUCGGUCUCGAGCGACCACUCCCCUCGUGAAAGUAGCCAAUUGGAUUCAUCAGAAGGCCUCCACCUUUGGGGAGACGUACUUCUUCCGUCCUGUGGGAAACCUGGUACAGAAUACCUAUCCCUCACCGAUUCCAGGAACAUCAGAUGGCAACCAUCUGCAGCAUUCACAGGUCAUGAGUGAUACACCAGGUGAGCCAGUAAAGAGUAAAAAUGUGAACACAAAUCAACCUGUCAAAGUACAUGUAGACUUCAAACAACCAGAUGGAAUACCUCAUCAUAAAUCAGCUUCUAACACAAGUCAGCACCAACUCAAGCAGCAACCCCACCACUCUCAUAACAAUGGACGGCAGUUAGAGAGAGACAGCCUGCAGGGGAUAGGGGGAACAAGAACAGUGUCAAAAGAACAACCUGCUAACAAAAGUUCAACGUCCCACCUUGGGAACUCAUCUAUGGCAACCACCAAGCAUGGUAGCUCAUCUGUGGCUGCCACCGGUCUGUCCAAGCAUGGUAGCUCCUCUAUGGCUGCCACUGGUCUGUCCAAGCAUGGUAGCUACACCCCUGUCAGGGAUAAGCUGUUCCCACAUCCCAAGAGAAGAGUUGUACUUACUCAGGCCUCUAGAGGACAUCCUCACAUACCAACCAACACACAAACGGUCAACGAGUGUGUAAGGUUAAAAGAGAGACAGCAAUACAAGCAGCUAUUGGAGCAGUUUACCAUGGGUAGUCUGAAGCCAUCCUUUGACUCAGAGGCCACUUUGAAUGAGAGCAAGGCAAAACCAGCUGCAGUAAGACCGAAGCAAGCAGUCCCGACAGCCAGCAUAGCAAGCAGCCGUCUGGAAGCCCCUAGUCAGAGCCAGAGGGGUCCUCAGGAGCGGGCGGGGCUACGUGUUCUCCCCCAUCAGUUCUCCACCCAGCAUGAGAUGAGGGAAGCUGUACGUCAGAGACUCCAUGUACCAAGCAGUCUACUUAGUCCAGGUACCCCCGAGGGAGAGAGAGCUGUUCCUGCUACUCCUGCUCAACCUGAUUUUGGCGAGGCAAGUCCACCGCUCACCAUCAUAGCCAGCAAGCCUGGAAUGAGUGCCUUUCAGAAGAGUUUAAUGUCAACACCUUACCUAUCUGAAGAUUGGGUUCAUGAUUUAAAAGCCCGCUUUGAAUCAAGUGUGCGUGUCAGACAGAGUGAGAUUGAAAAGGAGAAAUUCAAACUCCAGGGCUAUGAAGAAAGGAGAGCUGAAGGACAGGCUAAAGCCAGGGAAGUGAUCAAUCAGAGGAUAAAGAGAGCGUCAGGUUUGCCUGCAGCCGUUGAAGACGUCAUCUACCGACCAGAGGAGAAGGAACCAGAGGAUGCCAUCGCGGUGAUCGAUGAUGAUGAGGAAGAUGAAGAGGAGGAGGAUGACGGUAUGGAAGAAGAGGAAGAGGAGGAGCUCCCAGAGCUAACGGAUGAGAUGGAAGAGGAGAUUCGCAAUGCCCUUAACCCUAACCCAGCCAGUGAGGGAUUGGUUACCGGGUUUAGAUUGACUAUUAAGAGGAGAGAUAUGCAGACCCUUGCUGGUUUAAACUGGCUGAAUGAUGAGAUCAUGAACUUUUAUUUUGAAAUGCUGAAGGAAAGGAGUAAAGAAGAGGACUACCCGAGUGUGCAUUCUUUUAACACAUUUUUCUACCCCAAGUUGAUCAACUCUGGUUUCGCCAGCCUUCGUCGAUGGACCAAGAAGGUGGACAUCUUCACGAAAGACCUGCUUCUGGUUCCGGUCCAUCUAGGAAUGCAUUGGUGUCUAGCGGUUGUGGACUUCAGGAAUAAAACCAUAGUAUUCUAUGACUCGAUGGGAACCCACAAUCAGCAAUGUUUAGACGCACUGAGAGAUUAUCUUCUAGCUGAGUACGCGGAUAAGAAGAAGCAGGCCUAUAGUUUGGAGGGAUGGUCAUAUUACUCAGAGAAGGGCAAUCCUCAACAGCUCAAUGGGUCCGAUUGUGGGAUGUUCUCCUGCAAGUAUGCAGAAUAUAUCUCACGGGAUGCUCCCCUUUCCUUCACACAGCAUGACAUGCCCUACUUCAGGAGAAGGAUGGUCUGGGAGAUACUUCACAUGACCUUGCUGUGACCUUCACUGCAUGUUGACCUGCAGGAGACCCGAGGCAGGUAACACAUGCCCUCACUGUGACAUCCACCAUGACAUUCAUUGCAACCUUCACAGUGACUUUCAUCAUGAUCUUCACAGUAACCUUCAUAGAGUCAUUUACUGUGAUAUGUUAGUGACAUUCACAACGAUAUGACCUUGUUGUGACCUUCACUGCAUGUUGACCUGCAGGAGACCCAAGGCAGGUAACACAUGCUCUCACUGUGACAUCCACCAUGACAUUCAUUGCGACCUUCACAGUGAUUUUCAUCUGAAUCUUCACAGUAACCUUCAGUGUCAUUUACUGUGACAUGUACAGUGACAUUCACAACGACCUUCAUGGUGACCCUCACUGAUAUUCAGUUACCUUCACAGCGACCUUCACAGCGACCUUCACUGUGCUCUUCAUGGUGACUUUCACAGCGGAGCUCUCUGAUUUGACCUAUUGGUUCUAGAUGCUGAUGACUAUUAACUGUCAAAGUGACUUUCAAGCAAUGAGUAUAUUUGAUCUCUCUUGUCAUUUGACUGUCAUUACAAACCAAGAGCAGUGUGAUUCAAGCAGGACUGGACGCUGGAAACAAAAUGGGGUCAUCGGACUGGAUGAUUCUGUGAUUGCAUGGAAAUUGUAUAUAGUGUAAAUCUUGAGCACAGAUAUCAAAGUAGUGGGAAGAUGAAACUUUUAUGUCUCUCUCUAUCUCUCCCCCUCACUUUCCCUCUCUCUCUCUCCCUUUCUCUCUCUCCCUCCCCUCUCUUUCUCUCUC